AUGGGCACCAUACUGCCGGGCAUGCCAGCGGAGGAAGUCAGCCCACCCCGACAGGCCUGGGGCCUCGAGCACCGCAAGGCCGAGAAGAAGACCAUCCUAAAGGCCUCGGCGCAGUUCCUCGAGGCUGCGAUGGAUGCCAAGUUGGAUGUCGUGGCAGGGGCCAAGGGCUUCAACGUGGACGAAGAGGCAUUCGAAGGAAAUCAGAUGCAGACAGCGGCGCGGUUUCGGCCGGAGGUGCAUCAGCGUCUCGCGAAGUCUUUGCACGAACUGGAGAGUCGGCAACAGGCCUCGGAGCAGUCCUUGACCAAAAAAGUGCCAGAAAAAAGCCGGGAAGAUGAUGCGAAGCAGGAGCUGCACGAUCAGGUGGCCAGACUACAGGUUGAGAGUCUGCAACACAUGGUCUCCAGGGUGACCUACAACGUGGGGGAGUUUCUCCAUGAGACCAAGGUCAUCUAUUUCACCAACAAGCAAGCUUUGCAUUUCACGGCCGAGCGCAUGCCGAAGGUCCGUGAGGCUCUUGGCAUCCAGGAGCCCAAGCUCGUGAUUUGGCUUAUUCCAUCUCUCUGUGGCCAUAGCUUCUGGAAAGGACAAUCUCGCCUUAAAGACUUCUUGCCGACCAAGACGGUUCCAGAACUGUUUGGUCAUGAGGAGAAGGUCGAGCGGCAAAUGAACAUGGUGGCCCGCGACGUGCUCCUUCCUGUGGCCAUGCAAACUAAUGCGCUGAUCGUCGGCCGGAGCACUUGCAGCCUCACCACUGCCUUUGCUGAAGUCAGCGAGCCCAUUCAGAAUAGCCUGGGAGCUUCGUGUCCGUUUCAACUGCUCAUUGUCGAGAAUGCUCGGAAUUAUUAUAUACCGACGAAACUGAAGCCAAACAGCUUCGAGCAAAAGCUGCUGCAGAGCAAUAACACUUGGAGGAAGGCCGAUUUCAUCCCUUCCCUGACUCAAUCCUACGGCGUGGACCCAGUGCUGUGGCCACGCCAUCGGCUGGUCGAGGGUGCUGCUGCCUACGUCGUCUUCGAGUGUUUGGACGAGAAGAGACUCCACGACCCACGCGCUGCCGUGCAAUUCGAGAACAUCUUCGUAUCAUCUCUCCGCACCUCACUUCCAGUCUUGGGUCUUUGGACCGGCGGGGACGUGAAUGUCCUGAAGUACGAGGCGUUGAACUGUGUGACCAACGGCAUUCCUCUCAUCUUGCUGGACAGCAGGCCAGAGCUUGUAGCCGCCGAAAAAGCUCCCGACGGGCCACCAGAUGAUGAACCCGAGGUACUCCUUGAAGAUAAAGCAACGACUCCAGCUGCACCGACGAGGUAUGAUAUUCACGUUGCUGCCGAGCGUCUUCGGAAACAUUCCGAGGCACUUAACCGCUUGAUCCUUUUCGACACGAUGGUCGGUUCUGCGCUCGCCUGCGUACGUGCAAGCCUCAAACACAAGGUGAAGGAGCACCGAGUAGACAAGCAACUUUGGCUUUAUGAUGCUGUGAUACGGGCAACGCUCCAAUCACACCAUGAAAGAGGCGAUGCGAAUCCAGAAGAUCUUUCAAUCGAGGACGAAGAUGUCAGCAUGGCCACCGAAAUUCUGAUUAAUCAUGUGGCUGAUCAGCUGUCGAAGGAGGCCACCGUAAAUACCAGCAGGCUGGAAGAUGGGAUCGAGGCUCUGAGGGCUUGUGAGGACUGGGCACAGCUUGAGGAAGAGUGGACGAGGCAGUGGGAGAAGCUGUGCUACUUUGCGGUCUGGAACGGCUGGGAUGACAUAACCAUCACUGUGAAGGAAGCCGGUGGACCGAAGCAGGUUCCGCUGCUGAGAGGCCCAUCACCCGAGGCCGAGUUUCAAACAUCAGGCCGUCCCCAAGUGAGGUUGAGCAAGGACGGGCUGCCACCGGGUGUGCAGUUCGCAGAGGUGCGGGCCACCCUAUUCCAACAUCUCGAUCGGUGGCUGGCAGAAGCCCGGAAGUACGACCACAUGAAGAAAUCUCCGCCGGUGGUGAAAAACGAUAAGAGGCUCUGGCUGGCAACCUAUGAGCUGCUGAAGUCCGAUGAUGUCUACAGCAUCCGCCUAUCGGAUCAUCGAUCGUUGAAGCAACGCAUCCAGGCGCUGUCGCGAUCUGAUCGCCUCCCCAAAGCCAGCUCAUUGGAGGGGCUCUUGCUGCUGCGCUGCGCCUGGACUCUCGCAGAUAUCUUCGAUGAGAAGGCGAGGUGGCUCAAGCGCACGGCGAAGCUCUCCUUCUUCCUCGUGCUUUCCUUGGGAGUGAUGAUCACCUUUGUGACCACCUCGACCUUGCCAACGGACCUGUCCGAUGAACAGAAGAAGUACGCCGUCUUGGGUCUCAGCUUAGCAUCAAGCUCCCUCGCGGCUUGGACGACCUUCACCGACCCCUCGAAGAAGUGGAUGAAGCUGCGCACUGCGUCACAGAGGCUCCAAGCUGAGAUAUGGAAGUUCAGGACUCGUGUCGGUCUCUAUGGAGGCACAGACUACACGCAUCUGAGCGUCGGCGCAGAUGAGGCGGAGAGACAGGCCGAGAAGGAGCUCCGCGACAGGAUCUUCGCCAUUGCCGACAGUGCUCUUGGUCCGAAGGACCAGCUGUCCAGCAGCAUGACGACCGAUGACAUCUGUGUCCGCCUGGGCGUUGACGAAGAUGCUGGCUACGGCAAUCAAGCUGAAGGCUCCACAGAUCUGGUCAGCCUGAUGAAAAAGAGGCUGCAAAAGAACGUGACGGCAGCACACCGGCGACACAAGCAGUACCCACCACCAGCGCAUUCUAAGCAGCCUGCAGCACCAGAUGCUAUUGCUGCUGAGGAUAGCCACCAUGCCCCGGCAACCCCUGAGGAAUACAUUAUUUGGAGGCUGAACCCGCUGCGCGAGUUUUAUCAGAAGCGGAUUCCAAAGGUUCGCUACACUCGGAUGGCUUUUCAAGUCCUCUUCCUGAUGUCCACAGCCUUGACUUCCGUGCUCGCUGUGUCGGACCAAACGACCUGGACACCACUCGUGGUCGCGAUCUCGGCGGCACUGGCAUCGUGGCAGGAGUUUCGUGGAGUGGACAUGAAGCUCGAGCGUUACGGGGCCGUGGUGGCGGCACUCCGGAACAUGAUGCUCUGGUGGCAGACGCUUCCGGAGGUCGACAAGGCGAAUGUGCGCCACAUCGAGACUUUGGUGGGGAAGACUGAGAUGGCUGCGUACUCCGAGCUUUCUGCAUGGCUCAGUGAUGCGCAGCAGGCACGCGACCUCGUGGAGAGGACAUCAUCGAGUCAGGCCCAGCGACUGAAAGCGAAGGUGUCUUGA